UAAAAACUCGUGGAGGCUGUUUCCAGUUUUCCACGCGCUGGCCGCUGCGAUCGGAGCAACCCAUCGAUUCGACUCUAGUAGCCGCGCGAGGCCGACGGCGCUCAUCCUGCACGCACCAGCAGGGUUCGUCUGUUCUUAGGUUGAAUCUGCAUGCAUCCGGUAAACUUAGCACUGAAUUCAUUGUCUGUUCCGCUGAUUGCUUGCCCGUAAGUUCCUCUUGCUUCUGGCGUAAUCAGAAAGUGCUGUGAUCUUUGGCUUUUUGCUGCUUGCAUCUGCUGAGCUGAAAUUGCCAUUCGUUGCCCGAUCGUCAGAAGGAUUUGUUAUCGAGGCUAUUUGUUUGGAGAUUGCGUCUGUUAGUACUGGUUUCCGUGAAAGAUUGGGCGGCUCAGCGACUGCAUCAGAUUCAGUUAAAUUCUGCCCAUCUGUCAUGUCAUUUACAGGCGUGUCUAUAGUCGGGCAGGGCCAGGCCACCGGCCACGCCAUCAACGUCGCCACGGCCAGCGGGUACCACCUGCUUGUGGUCAACGGCUACUCGCACACCAAAGCCACUGCAUCUGCUGGCGCAGUAAUCCUCUCGCUCCCUUUCAUGGUAGGAGGACAUCGUUGGCGCAUCUUCUACUGCCCCAAAGGCGCCCCGUCGGGCUGCGCCACGGACUCUGUAUCGCUCAUUCUUUUCCUCGUCGAUAAAAAUGUUACGGAGGAUCUGAAGGUGCAGGUUGGAUUCAGUUUCCUCCAUCAGCAUGAGAAGCAGGAUUCAGCGUAUAUCCGUGCAAAAGAGCCAUGCAACUUCUCUAGCGCUAAUCCAUGCUGGGUUCACAAGAAUUUCGUGAAAAGAGAUGUCCUUGAGAAAUCAAAGCAUCUAAACGAUGAUUGUUUCACCAUCCGAUGUGACCUUGCAGUGGUACCGCCUCCUAGCAUACAAGAGCUUAUCAGCAACGUCCUCAUGUCCAAGGAGGGCACUGACGUGACAUUCAGCGUUCGCGGUGAGACACUCGUUGCACACCGGUGCGUGCUUGCGGCUCGGUCCCCGGUCUUCAAGGCAGAGCUCUUUGGCCCCAUGAAGGAAUGCACGAUAGCUAGUGUCAUACAAAUAGAAGACAUGGAAGCAAAAGUGUUUAGAGCCUUGCUAAGCUUUAUUUACACUGACUCGCUGCCCGAGAUGGAGGUAGACAUGGUGGAGGAACGGGAAGCCCAAGAAGCAUUGUGGCUGCAACACUUGAUUGCAGCGGCAGAUAGAUACGAUCUCGAAAGGCUGAAGGUACUAUGUGAAGAAAAGUUAUGCAAACUCGUAGACGUGAGCUCCGUGAGGACUAUUUUCAUUCUAGCCGAGAGGCACAAUUGUGGUGGAUUGAAGGAUGUAUGCCUUGAAUUCCUCAAGACACCGUCUAAUUUGAAGGAGAUAACGGCGGCUGACGUCUUCGACAAUAUAAUUAGAACAUGCCCCUAUCUUUUAAAGGAGCUCAUUGGCAAGCUUGCUUCCUAAAAUCCACAAAAAUGGCAGCAGAUCAGGUGUAGGCGAUGGCAUAUUCUGGACAGUGUAACUGUAUGAUGCCUCUCUGUUCUCAAAAAUAUUAUUACCAAAUUUGCUCCCUCUAAGGAUUCCUAGUUAUGGAUUGUACUAAGUGUCAUGUUCAGUUCAGAUUUCAGAACAUGUCCUAAAUUUUUUCAUAUUUGAAUCACCAUUCAAUGAAUGGAUACAGUUAUGACAAUUGCUUGUGGUCGAUUAACAAUAUGGACUUAAUGGUUAAAUGUUUUUUAGUUUGUA